GCGUGUUAUAAUCUUAUUUGGAGUUAAGCCACCAGAUAUUUCUUCUUCAUUUUUUGUUUUCCUUGAAGCUGAAGCAGUAUGGCAGACGACGUCGUUCUGCUAGAUUUCUGGCCGAGUCCUUUUGGGAUGAGAGUGAGGGUUGCACUUGCUGAAAAAGGUAUAAAGUAUGAGCGCAAAGAAGAGGAUCUGAAGAACAAGAGUUCUUUACUCCUACGAAUGAAUCCGGUUCACAAGAAAAUUCCGGUUCUUAUCCACAACGGCAAACCCAUCUGUGAAUCUCUCAUUAUUGUUCAAUACAUUGAAGAUGUUUGGAAUCACACAAAUCCCUUGCUGCCUUCUGACCCUUACCAGAGAGCACAGGCAAGAUUUUGGGCUGAUUAUGUUGACACUCAGAUAGUUAAUACCUUAGACAAGAUUUCGAAAGGAAAAGGAGAAGAAAGAGAAGUUGCAAAGAAAGGGUUGAUAGAAGCCCUUAAAUUGUUGGAGGAAGAAGUGGGAGAUAAAAGUUAUUUUGGAGGAGAAAAUCUUGGUUUUGUGGACAUAGCACUUGUCUCAUUCUACCCUUGGAUAAAAUCCUUUGCAAGUUUUGUCACUCUUAACAUAGAUGCUGAGUGUCCUAAGUUGAUUGCUUGGGCCAAGAGGUGCCUUCAAAAAGAAAGUGUUGCUAAGUCUCUUCCUGGUGAGCAGGUGAUCAAUGAGUUCACAACAAAGAUCUUCGGCAUUGAGUAGCUUCAAGCUUAGAUCACACAUUGAAAGUGUUGCUUAUUUUUUAGCUUUCUAUUAAGUAAUAUCUUUGCAAUAAAA